AUUUUUACUGGCUGGCAGCUUUUGAUUUUUUCAUCUAAAAAGUUGGCAGCACUGCCUAAUUCCAAGUUUAUUUACAAAUUUCCAAGGAAUCAAAAACAACAUGACGUUGGAGCUGGUGUCGACCACAAAAUCCUUUGAGGGUGAGCAACGUGUCUAUAAACAUCGCUCGACCUUAUUGGAUUGCGAUAUGACCUUUGGUGUGUACCUGCCACCGGCGGCCAUCGAAGAUAAAGCCGCAUGUCCAGUGCUUUAUUUCCUUAGCGGUCUGACCUGCACUCACGAGAAUUUUGUGCAGAAAAGCGGUUUUCAGGCAUCUGCAGCUAAGCACGGCCUCAUUGUUGUGAAUCCCGAUACUUCGCCUCGUGGGGUAAACCUGCCCGGAGAGGAUGAUGCCUACGACUUUGGUAGCGGGGCCGGCUUUUACGUGGAUGCAAGUGAAAAACCGUGGUCGAAACACUACAACAUGUUUAGCUAUGUUGCACAGGAGUUACCUGCACUUGUUCAGGCAAAUUUCGCUGUGCUGCCUGGCAAACAGGGAAUUUUUGGCCACAGCAUGGGAGGACAUGGCGCUUUAAUUUGUUCUUUAAAGAUUCCUAAUCUCUAUCAAUCAGUCUCAGCAUUCGCCCCAAUUGCCAAUCCAUCAAAAUGUCCGUGGGGUCAGAAGGCAUUUACUGGAUACCUAGGCGCCAACACCACUGAGUGGGAGCACUGGGAUGCCACAAGCUUGGUCUCAAAAUACGUAGGCACUCCACAGGAGCUUUUCAUAGACCAAGGAUCCGCCGAUAACUUUUUAACUGGCAAACAACUUUUACCCGAAAACUUGUUGGCGGCAGCUGCUACUAACGAUCAUAUUCAGACGAUAUUCAAACAACGCGAGGGAUAUGAUCAUAGUUAUUUCUACAUAGCAACUUUUAUGGCCGAGCAUAUUGAAUAUCAUGCCAAGUUGUUAAAUGCCUGAUUGAAUAACCUAUAUAUUAACGAAUAAAAUUUGUACAUAUGUUCAUUGGCCAUAUACAUUUUUGUAAUUUAUUUCAAUAACCAAUCCAGAACUAUGUUGUAUUUUCCCCUCCCGUUACUUCAAACUCAAAAAGAUAAAUAAAACCAACGGUCAUUUAUAAACACAAA